AUGAGCAAACACAAACCACCGCAAGAUGGAACUGAGUCAUUAAUAUGCGAAGGUAAAACAUACAGUGGCUCAUUUUAUGUAGAUUCUGUCGAUAAACUUUUAGAUGUCUACACAUCCAAAAAAUUUCUUGGCGACAAUUUAUCUCUUUAUGUUGAAAUAUCAAGGAAAAUUAAUAGCUAUACCGAUAGUUUGGUUUUAUAUUUUAUUUUUCUUUCAGAUAUAAAUUCAAGUUUUUCAGGCGAGGUCGAAUUUUCACACCCAAACUUAAAUACACCAUGUUACAAGUCAGAGAAUCCAAAUCUAUAUGUAUAUUCUAAGACUUCCAGAUUUUAUUUUAAAGAAAAACCAAAUACGGUCAUUCCCCAAUUCACAAAUGGUUUUGUGCUCAAAUUCAAGCUAAUCGAAAAAGAAAAAACAGAUUUUCAAAACAAUUUCUCUUCAUUGAAGAAUAAAUUGACAUUUCCUAGUACUGAUCCAAUUCCUUUAAAUCCAUUUCUUACUCAUGUUCAAUUUACACGUUCCAGCAGUCCAACAAUAUUCUAUUCAUCAGUUUUUGAAUUUGAAAAAACAAAAUUCGCUUUUGCGCUUUACAGAGACGAAAAGCAACCAAGAUACAAACUAAACGCAAUGUUAUCAGCAGGAAUAAAUCUUAAAUCAACAUUAAAACUUUCAAUAAGUAUUUGCAAUACUUCAUUCACAGUUGAGAUGAAACCAACCAUGAAAAACCCAACAUACGAUACAAACCUUACAGACAAGGACGUUGAAUCGUUUUUGAAUAAAGAAAAUGUUAAUAUCUUGGUACAAAGCGAUUCUUUGAGAAUUUUCAAUCCAGUACCUACCACACCGACUGAAACAAAUAAUUUGUGGGGAUCUAGGAAGGAUACUCCAACUUACGCGUCAAAAUUAAAUCCUUUUUCAUUUGCAGCCAAAAAGGAGAAACAAGAAGAAAAAGUGUUGGACUUAGGAGACAGAAAACCAGAAAAAGAAGAAAAAGAAGAAAAUUUGGACAAAAUUAUUCAAAAUAAAAAAUCUACAUUUACACCGGCUUCUAUGCCAGCUUCCUCACUUCCUACACCAAAGAUUGUUGAAGGAUUCGUUGGCCUGCAAAACCAAGGCGCAACUUGUUACUUAAACUCGGCCAUUCAAAGUUUCUUCCAUACACCAGCAUUUAGACGUCUUGUUUUCCAGAUUCCUACAACAGGAGAAGAAGAUCCGGCCAAAUGUGUCCCCUUAGCCCUUCAAAGAUUGUUCGGACAGAUGACAUUUUCGAAUUCAGCAGUUUCCACCAAAAUUUUGACUACUUCGUUUGGAUGGACGUCAACAAUGGUCGCACAGCAACACGACAUACAGGAGUUCAUUCGUGUUUUGACUGAUAAUCUUGAGACCAAAUUAAAACAGUCGAAUUUAGACAAAGAACUCACAGAUAUAUAUGUCGGCAAGCUAAGAAAUUACAGGAGAGGCAUAAAUGUUAACUAUGUCUCAGAAACAAACGAAAUUUUUUAUGAUUUGUCGUUACCUGUCCUUGGCUGCAACAACAUCGAAGAAUCCUUCAGCAAAUACAUCGAAGUUGAAGAACUGACCGGCGAAAACCAGUAUAACACUGAAGAAUUCGGUCUCCAAGAUAUCAAAUUAGGAACUGAGUUUGUUUCAUUCCCAUCUGUUCUCCAGAUACAUCUCGGAAGGUGGCAGUACUCACAAAAGUCCGGAACAAUGGAGAAAAUCAACACAAAGUUUGAGUUUUCCGAUGAACUCGAUCUCACAAAAUUUUUGGCAGAAAAUAAUUCUGACAAAGACGGAAAACCAAUUUACAAACUCACAGGAGUACUAGUUCACAGCGGAAGAUACGGUGGAGGACACUAUUACGCCUAUCUUUGGAACGAAGAAAAGAAAAUGUGGAUAAAGUUCAAUGAUUCAAUUGUAACGACUUCAACAGAAAAAGAUGCAAUUAACGAUAAUUUCGGCGGUUUGUCAGACGCCGGAAUUGCAAAAACUCAUUCCGCUUAUAUGUUGAUUUAUGUCAGAAAAAGUGACAUUGAGAAAAUCAUGAAACCUGUUGAAAAAGAUCAGAUUCAGAAACACAUAUUAGAUUGGCUAGAAAAUGGAGAUAAACCUGUUAUUUCUAAAGAAGAAAAACAGUAUUUAAAGGUUUCUUUUGUAAGAUUCGAUGAAAUGACAGGUUUCGGAUCGAAUUUGAUACAAAAUAAACCUUCAGAACAAAUCGAUUUCGAAAUUCCGGUUUUGAAUUCACAACUUUACAAAACCGCUUUUGAAAAAUACAAAACUCAUAAUUUAAGGUUAUUUGAAUGUAAACUAAAACCUGAGAAAUUAUUAGCGAAUGACGAAGCAGUUCUUCAUUCCACGAAUGUAUUGAAAGAAAUUGUUGUUGCUGUAGAAAUCAAUGAAAACAACAAUUUCGAAGAUCCAACAAACAAAUUCUUGUUAUUCCCAAGAUUGUACAAAGACAAGAACUUAAUUCCUUUGGAACACAUGUUUAUUGAUUCUGAUUCAACAAUAUUUAAUUUGGAAAUGUUUUUGAGAAAAAGAGAAAAAAUCAACAAACCACUUAAAAUUUCUGUUGUUUCUACAGAUAGUUCAAUUACGACUCUUAAGAGAUCGAGUCGUUUUUCACCAAAUAUAACAAAUGGAACUGCUUUUGCCGUAGAAAUAGAAGAUGUCGAAGAAUACAACUACGAAAAAGAUGAAAAUGGAAUUAUUGAUUUGUUUAAAUUCACUCCUGACUCUUUCUCGAAGUUUUAUGAUGAAAAUAACAACGCUGGCUAUUUGGAUGUUUAUGAAAUUGACAACGAUCAACCUCAAUUUACUUUUAAACCCUCAAAAGUGACAAUGUCAAUAGAUGAACUGAAAUAUCACCUUUCACGGGCGUGCGGAUUUGAAUAUCAGCCACAGCGCGAUUCUUUGCAAAUCUUCAAGCAAGGAACUGAUGGAAAACCAUCUGAUACGAGUAUCAACACUAAAACAUAUCCUCUUGUGAAAUCAUUAUUUUCUACAAAUAAUGAUUCGAAUUGUAGAAUUUACUACAAUUUCAUAAAAGACGUCUCUGAAGCUGCAUUGGCUGAUAUGGUUGCUUAUAGUGUUGUUUAUUCGGAAGAUAACAUUCAUAACACAAAAUCAGCGAAAUUAAUCCUUCCAAGAGGAAGAACUUAUAAUGACAUAAUUGUUGAAGCAUCAAAGAAAUUUGAAAAAGAUUUGACGAAUUGCCAAAUAUUAAUUUUCAGUUCCGAUAAAUUAAUUAACCAAAUUGUUGUUGAUAAAUCAAUAUUAGCUUCUAUUUAUCAAACAAUUAGAUUAGAAAUUCCUAAAAAAGUGACAUCAAAUUCAAGUCAAAAAGUAGAUGGAAAUUUGACAAAUUCUGGCCAAAUAUUUGAGCAAGAAAAUGAAAUAGGAAUUGAAGUUACAAAAGCGAAUCAACAAAACAUUGGAAUUUUGAAUGUUAUUUCCAAAGAAAAUACUAUGAAAUCAGAAUUUAUUUGCGGAGGAAUUAUUUACAUAAAAGAAGAUGAAACAUUGGCAGAAUUAUCUUCUAGACUUGAAACAAAAGUUGCUGAAUUAAAUAAUGAUAAAGGAUCUUACAUGAUUAAACCACAAUACGCAGAAGCAAAGAUACCAACAGAAAAAAGUGUUGUUUUACAUAUUAUGAGGAAUUGUAAAUCAAAUAACUUGGUUUUCGAUGUUUCGGGUAAAUCAAAACAGAAAUCAACACCUAUGGCAAGAGCUACUUCUCUUAAAAUUUAUAAUUAA